AUGAUGAAUCAACAAACGUUUGUCAUCCUUCAUCCAUCUCUACAGGUAUCGUCAUCACCACCAUCAUCAAUACAUUCAUCCACUGGAUCAUCCAUCGGAAGUAAUUCUAUUCAUUCCGAAAAUUUUUACUAUUCUUCCUCUCCUCCUUCGGGAUCAUUUACUUCUUCUUCCUCUUUAUUGAAAGAUCAAAUUCAAAUUAUUACAAAAACAGGAGAACAUUGUAUCAAUACACCACUUUCUCCGUUUCAAAUUAAAAUUCAAGUCAAAUGUUGUGGACUCUCAAAAUUAGAUUCACAAGUGAGAAGAGGAAUAUUUCCAUUAUGGAAAAAUCGUUUAUCAUCAAAAAGCAAUGAAAAUUCGCAAAAUGAUGAAUUAUGUUCGUGUUGGAUUAUUCCUGGAUAUGAAGUGAGCGGAGUGGUGAUUCAAGUUGGAAAAAAAGUCAACCCAAAAGUUUUUUCUGUUGGAGAUUGUGUCAUGGGUUUUAUACCUGUUCAGAAUUUGAAUGAACACUCAACCAUGACACAAAAACCUGUUUCUGUGAAAACAUCGUCCUCAGAUUCCAAUGAGAAAGACGACAUGUCGACUCUGCACUACGGAAUGGAAUGGCAAGAUUCAGAACUUGAAUCAAGCUCCUCCAUGAUGACCUCUCCAAUUUUACCUUCCUCCCUCAAUGGUGGCUGCUCGACAGAGUGUGUGGCAGAUGCUCACUUUUUUGUGAAAAUUCCAACUGGCAUGUCAUUUAUCAAAGCAUCGAGUGCAAUCAUGUGUGGAAUUCGUGCCUAUGACACGUUAUUUUUCAAAUGUGCGUCAACCAUUCGACAAGGAGAUGUCAUAUUUGUGAGUAGUGGUGCUCGAUGGGAACAAACUUAUUUAUUGCAAUUGGCAGUUUUGUUAGCAAAAUGUCGAGUCAUUACAACUGUACACACGGAUGAGGAAAUUAAUUUUUUGAGAAUGAUUUCGUCGCGGUUGACUUCAUCGACGUAUUUGAGACAUCACCAUCGACAGGGUCUUGACUCCUCCAGGAGUGGCUCGACCGGUGACAAUUUUAGUAGCCUCUAUGGAGGUCGCUCUGGAAAUUUGGACGAUGAAGAAAAUGAUGGCGACUCCAUGAUGGGGGCGAGCAAUAGUGGUGGAACAGGAUCUCCUCCUUUUGAUACACAAUAUAUUUCAUCUGUAUUGUCCAUGAUGAGGAGUGGAAAUUCUGCAAUUAAUCCACUCGUCAUUCUCGAUCGAAGACUGUAUGACACUCCUGACAAGUUGCAACAGGCCAUCAUGAAAGAGACCAAUGGACUUGGUGUGCAACUGGUGGUCUUGGGAGAAUCUGCAUUGAUUCCUCCAAGCAGCACCAGUACUGCACGAACAUCGAGUCCAGUAAAGCAACAGAAUAUUGACUUGCCCCAAGAUCGAAAUCCCAUCACGCGCUUCAUUGACAUGUGUCUUAAUGUCUUGUCGACUCACGGCACAAUAGCAUUUAGCGAAUAUUGUGAACAUGGUUUGACGGCUUCGCAUCUGGAAUACAUGUAUUCGAAAUCUAUUGCAAUGACCAAUAUUUUUGAACAGAGCUAUGUACAGAAUACGAAUUUGAUGGGAAGAUAUUUACACAUUCUCAAUAAUAUUGUCAAAGACAUUCAUGAAGAACAUAUUGAAAUUCCUAUUGCUCAUUGUCUUCCUCUUUCUUCGGUUCGAGACGCGCAUCGAAAACUCGACAGCUCCAUUAUGGGUUCGUCUUCAUCUUCUUUCGUUGGAAAGAUUAUCAUCAAAAUGUAA